AUGGCGCAUACAACACCGUCUUCGCAGAUUCCGCAACACGUCACUUCCCUCCUUUCACAUCUAACAUCGCGUCCGGGAGUUCAGUCCACCUUCAUCCUUUCGCGCAAAGAUGGGUCCAUAAUUCAGAGCACGGGGCUGCUGGCGACGAAGCCAGCGGGCAACAGCAGUCCAGAUGUCUCUCAGGCCGAUCCAGCUGCCGAGGAGCAGUCGGAAUCUACUUUGACCCCUGCAGAAUCAUCCAUCCCUUCCACAACGUCUAGCACAACUACCCUUACCCAUCAAACCUCCUACCAACCGUCCCAGGCGGAAGCGCUAGCAGCUCGCAUUUUUGCUUUUGUUUCCAGCGCUGCGGAUCUAAGCUUGUCGCUCUCACGACCCCUGAAUGAAAACGCCCACGGCUCUAAAACAGAUCCGAACGGCUUGCAAGAAGGGUUAGGCAAUGGAAUAUUCCGGGACGAUGGAGACGGAGAGGCAUCGGAGAAGGAGGACGACGAUGAAGUCAAGCUCCUGCGGCUGAGAACUAAAAAGCAUGAGAUUGUUGUUGUUCCGGAUAAGAAGUAUCUGCUUUGUGUGGUACAUGAUGCGGCGCACCCGACGGGGAACCCGAGUGCCGGGUUGCGCUCGCGGUAA